GCAGCCUCCCCCACCUCUAGCGGCUCUGCGAGGGCACAGGGAGGGGCUUUUGACUGGUGGGUGUGCUCGGCGGCCGCGCCGGCCCUGACUCUGGGCUCCGGCGGCAGGGAGUAGAAGCGGGCGCUGCCUGCCCUUGAGGCUCUUCAGCCGUGCCUGGGCCGCGGGGGCUCUGGGCCAGCUGUGCCGUUAGCCUCGCUGCGGGCGAAACCGGGCAGACCGGGAAGUGGAGAACGACGCAUGUCGAGCUCGGGAGUCGGCAGUAGGAAUCGGCGCCGCAGCCGUCGCUCUGGCAGGGGCGCAGCCCUGUCUUCGCCGCCGCGGGGGGUCAGAGGGAGGCGGAGACGCCGGUGACGGCCGUCUGGCGCGGAAGGAGACGGGGGCAUCGGGGGAAAAUCAAGGUACAAGUCUGACGGAGAAGUGAGGAGCCCUCCCGGGAUAGUCUACGGGGCUUUGUUUUUUGACAUCCCGUUACUUGUGUCACGGACGGAUCAUUUAACUGGAGAUAGGCGUUUCAGCACCUCCUCAGUCACUCCAGGCGCUGAAGCAGGACCUGCAGCCCAGCGCCGGUAGAAGCACUUCAUCGUGUUUUCGCGAUACCUGGCCUUCUGCCAGGUCACAGGCACGUUUUCGUGUUUGUCUUCCCUGAAUUGUUCGCCGCAUCUGAAGCUAUUAUUAAGCUGGGAUGAACUUGUCAGUUCAACAGUGCAAACACUGUCACUAAAGUGCAAAAGAAUUGCCUGCGAUACAGAAGGGAAAAUCUGGAAACAAGCAAACACAAACACGUAGGGAAAUGAUCCAGAAGCAGGUUGAAGGGGGGAAAAUGUUAAGCUACGUAAGAAAAUUAAAAAUACAAUGUUUAUAAUGUCAUUUGAGCAAAUGUGGAUCAUGCCAUGUUUCUGAUGGCUGACAAUACUCUUCUGAAAAAAUUCUACAAGGCUCUGACUUCAGUGUAACAUAGUUAAGGUGUUAUUCUUCAACUUAGCUUUUGUGGGUUUGUAUUCCGUGCAGCAGAAUAAAUUAUCUUGCAUAGUGGAACGAGGUGUCUCCUUUCCAGAUAGAAAGAUGCUGUACCCAUUACAGCGCUGACCAGUAUCUUGAGGCACCUGCUGGAUUUUCUUUUUUCCUGCUCUGCUACAGACUUCCUCAGUGAAGUUGGGAUAAAUGGGUGUAUGUGACCUUUUCUCUCAUCUAAAGUAGUUCCAUGUCUUGUUUGGACUGUUCCUGUAUUCUACGUACACCAGUUGAACCAAUCGGACCAGAAGAGCCAUCUCAGAGUAGCAUCCAUGAAUGCCUGGCUGAUUCUGAUCUAGCCUGGAUUCCUCCAUCUACACGAAAGAAUGAAAUGGUAUUGUGCACUUCUAAUGUCUCUCACUAUGAACUCCAGCUGGAAAUAGGAAGGAAGUUCAACAACUUAACUUCAGUCUACCUUGCACGGCAUACACCUACAGGCAUGCAAGUUGCUGUGAGGAUUACAGACCUAGAGGAUUGCUCAGAAGAGCAUUUGAAAGCCUUACAGAACGAAGUGGUUUUAUCCCACUUUUUCCAGCAUCCCAACAUAAUGACGCUUUGGACAGUGUUUACAGCUGGUAGUUGGCUUUGGGUCAUCUCCCCAUUUAUGGCAUAUGGUUCAGCUAGACACCUGCUGAAGACUUACUUUCCUGAAGGAAUGAGUGAAGCUUUGAUAGGCAAUAUUCUGUUUGGUGCAAUCAGAGGAUUAAAUUACAUGCACCAGAAUGGCUAUGUUCACAGGAAUAUUAAAGCUAGCCACAUUCUGAUUUCAGGGGAUGGGCUGGUUUCUCUCUCUGGCUUAAACAACCUCUGCAGUUUAGUUAAUAAUGGACAAAAAUCAAAGGUGAUAUAUGAUUUCCCCCAGUUUAGUACAUCCGUGCUCCCUUGGCUGAGUCCUGAAGUACUGAGACAGGAUUUGUCUGGGUAUAACAUGAAGUCUGACAUCUACAGUGUGGGAAUUACAGCAUGUGAAUUAGCCAAUGGACAUGUUCCGUUUCAAGAUAUGCCUCGCACUCAGAUGCUGCUGCAAAAGCUGAAAGGUCCCACAUAUUGCCCUUGGGAUAUAAAUACCUUUUCCCAUGGGGAGUCCAGGAUGAAGAAUUCCCGAUCAGGUGUUGAUUCUGGAAUUGGUGAGAGCAUGACACGAACAAUGACCAGUGAAAGGCUACAAAUUCCAUCUUCCAAAACAUUCUCACCUGCUUUCCACAACUUGGUAGAACUUUGUCUGCAGCAGGACCCUGAGAAAAGGCCAUCAGCGAGCAGUUUGCUUUCACAUACAUUCUUCAAAGAGAUAAAAGAACAAACACAGAAUUCACUACUGUCCCUCUUACCACCUAUUCAAAAUAACAAAUCAGAGUUCUUGCCACUACCCUCAACAGUAACUGGGACUGAACUUGAACAGAUUACUGCAAAUCACAAUGAUACAGAUUGGGAAUUCUAAAUGAAUCAGAAAAAAAAAUCAUACCUCUUCUGUGCUUCAAAGAAGGAAAAUUUGCUGCUUUAGUUUGUAUGGUUAAAAUACAGUUUGACAAAGUAUACUUGAAAAUGCCCUCGAAGUGGCCAUAUUUCAUUCACUACUUUAUCUGUUACCAUCACAACGCACAGUGUGCUUCACUUUCUGACUGUAAGGAAGACUGUAUAUAGAGAAUGGCUGAACAGCUAUCUCCCCCUUUCAGAAUACUUUCAAGUGAGUUUCUGCUGUAAUCUCAGUCUAUACUGUAUUUUGAGCUUAUAUUGCUGCAGUCUGUGGUUUUUUUUUUAAUUCAGUCUUGGGUUUUGUCUGUGACCUUACUUAAAUGAUCUAAAUUGUCUUUUUAUUAUCAUACAGAUUAUUUUAAUAAGAGGAAAUCAUCCAAGUUUGAAUUUGAAACUGCAUGAAUUAGCUGCUUGUGCAAAUAAACUGUUUUCAUACAUCCCAAAAGGCAUUUUUCUCACUUAACACUGUCAUACUUUCCAGAAGUUAGCUAUGCAUGAUUUUUCUUGUGUUUUUUAUACUGUUUCCCAAAGAAGUUACACUACCUGAAAAUGUGAUUCAUGCUCCUGCAUUUCUCUGUAUUCUUAGAACAAUUUUGUGCUUUUGCCAUCUCCAUUUUAUUGUUGUGGCCUUUUAAGCAAUUAACCAGAGGAGCUAUGCAAAGUAAGUCUCAAGUUAUAACAGGUACGGGUUAAUUUUAAUGAAUGAUGUUAAAUAAUCUAAAGUUACUGUACAUAUUUUUAAUUCUACUGUAUUCCUGUUCACCACCGGAACCUAUCAGAGCUUAAUACUGUUUCUUGAAAGAACAGGAAACGUGCAUCAAGCUUCACUGGUACUGCUGCUGGCAAACAAGCCUCUUCUGCAAGCCAGUCAAAUUCCCAGCUGUAAAGUGAACCUAAUAAACCCUCUAGGAUCAUCUUAGUGAAUACUUAUUUCUAGCUCCCAUGAAAAACUGUCUUUCUUCCUCCUCAAUUUAGUAAGUUCUCAUCUUUCGUACUAUACCAGACACCUAAAGAUGAACAAAACCAUCUUCUUUUAAAAGAAGCUGCAUAUUCUUAAUUGGUUUUAGAAAAAAAGUUAUGUUCCAAAGCCACUAAUACUUCACUAAUGUAAGUUCUGACUGUAGUAAAAAUGUAUAAAGAGGCAUCGCAUGGAUGUAUUUCACAUUGUCUUCCCUAGCUGAGCCAGUCUGCAACCACUCUUGAGAACACUAGUUUUGCCAGCAGCUUCACUACAGAACCUUGAAGAAUAAAUGACCAAAACACAAGCCUGAAGUAGAUUUUAUGGUCAUUUAGAAUUUUAUGUAUUAACAAAAAAGCUGUGAAGAGAGUUCUGCAUUUCAAAACCAAUACAUGAAACUUAGGAUAUAUAUAUAGAAAUGUUUUUAAUCUUCUCUGUCUCCACUUAUUUCUGUAAUUCUUGUACUUCUAUUUUCGCUGUAGGCAAGUCAUACUAACAGCUGCUUGUAACUGCAUGAAAGUUUCAUAUUUAUGUCAGUCAUUAGGUAAGAAAAUGGCUGUCUAAAUUAGAAAAUUACUCUGGUUAUAAAAAUACUACUAACUUAGUUACUCUAACAGAAGAUACUGUUUUCAGGUGAACCCCAUGUUCUUAAUUCUUAACCACUACAAAUGUUUACUGUUUUCAAAUCAGAUACAUUGUAUAGCAUCUACAAAUAACUUUUGGCUAACAGUAUGUAUAAAAACAAGCCCUAAAGAGUGAGAAUACACAUGUUGAAGUUGUACAUAUUUUAAUUUUAGACCUCUGGAUAAACAUUAAUAUUUUAUGAAAAAGAAACAGAAAACAAAUUGCAGAAAUUUGCAGGCAGCUGAACUGCCAGUCUUUGCACGCUCCUCUUGAAACAACAGUGCCCUGCAUACUCCUUAAAAAUGAACUUGCAUAUUUACAGUGGAGUUACUUUACUGCUGUCUUUUCCUGUAGGAAAAAUAAAAUUACUUAUGUAAGUACAGAGGAUGGACCAGUAUUUACAAAUAACUUUUAAGAAGAAAAUGAAAUAAAAUUUUGUAUGUUAAAA